AUGUGUUCAAGAUGGAGACAGAGAACGACAUUACUAUUGGUUGAUAUCAAGGAUAUCACUAAAAAUUGUGUUAUCAAAGACAUCACCAACAAUGGUGCUAUCAAAGAGCAAUACAAAAAACAUAAUAACAACAACAAUAAUAAUAGUAAUAGUAAUAAUAAUAAUAAUAAUAAUAAUAAUAAUAAUAAUAAUAAUAAUAAUAAUAAUAACUUUUCAAAUGCUAAUAAUAAUAAUAAUAAUAAUAACAAUAAUAAUAAUAAUAAUAAUAAUAGUAAUAAUAGUAAUAAUAAUAAUAAUAAUAAUAAUAAUAAUAAUAAUAAUAGUAAUAAUAGUAAUAAUAAUAAUAAUACUAACAACAAUGAUAAUGAUGAUGAUGAUAAUAAUAAUAAUAAUAAUAAUAAUAAUAAUAAUAAUAAUAAUAAUAAUAAUAAUAAUAAUAAUAAUAAUAAUGAAAAUAAUAAUAAUAAUAAUAAUAAUAAUAAUAAUAAUAAUAAUAAUAAUAAGGAUAUAGGAAGUAUAAAGGGAAAAAAGAGACUUAAUAAUAAUAAUAAUAAUAAUAAUAAUAAUAAUAAUAAUAACAAUAAUAAUAAUAAUAAUAAUAAUAAUAAUAAUAAUAAUAAUAAUAAUAAUAAUAAUAAUAAUAAUAAUAAUCUCCAAGAAAUAAGAUCUGUGACUGUAAGUGAACUUCAACUGCUUAAGUUUUCCCAGUUGUCUCUCCAUGAGAAAGUUACAGUCAAGAAAAUAGGCCGUUCAACACCUGACAUUAAAAUAUCUCAGCCAGGAAUAAGCAACAACAAGAGUUCAACACCGUACUUCAAUAAUCCUUAUGUCACAUUGCUUAAUAACCAGACAGUUACUGAACAUGAACGCUUUAACUUAAAUUGGCUAUCAUAG